GCCCGCGCCACUUCCCAUCUCCAAACACAGCCAGCCGGCCUUCAUCCACCACAGUCACACACAACACAAGCCAAGCCAAGCCAAGCUAAGCUGAGCUCGAUCACUCACCUUCACCAGCUGCAAUACCGAUUAGAGUGCUAGCAAGCUAGACUAACUGCAAGUUAAGGCCGUUUCUCUUGAGAAAUAUGGAGAAAGUGAUGAUGAGCAGGAAGCCUGGGGACUGGAGCUGCAGGUCGUGCCAGUACCUCAACUUCUGCAAGCGGGACGCGUGCCAGCGGUGCGGCGAGGCGAAGCUGGGCUCGGAACGGCCGGACUACGCGGCCAUGGGCGGCAGCUGGGAGGUGAAGCCGGGCGACUGGUACUGCGCCUGCUGCGGCGUCAACAACUACGCCAGCCGCCCCUCCUGCUUCAAGUGCGGCAACGCCAAGACCGACUCCGCCGCCGUCGCCCAGAACUGGGGGUUCAACGCCGCCGGCCAGACCGGAUGGAGGUCCGGCGACUGGAUUUGCCCAAGACUGGAUUGCAACGUGCAAAACUACGCCAACAGGACCGAGUGCUUCCGGUGCAAUGCGCCCAAAUCAUACUACGGUUGACCUGACAGAAAACGAAAACAAAAGAAUUGGAUUGAUCAGCCAACAAUUAAUCACGAGCCCUGAGGAUUUUUCCUUCUUUUUUUUUUCUGUUUUUCUCCUAAAGAAAAACCCUCAACAACUUGAGGGUUAGUCAUGUGGAAAAGCGGUAACCGCCGCUCAAAAAAGAGAGAGUGGGAGAGAUAAGUUGCAGAAACGUGUCUACAUGUUUGGCUGAUGAAUGAUUCGAUUUCCCUUUUUCAGUAAAAAGAACAGUUCCGAGUAAGAAACCAACUUUAAUUA